CUAUGGCUCAGUGCAGGCAGCCGAGUGCCAUUGAAAAUGAUUGAAAAGAUAAACAAGUCUAUGGCUGGCGCACGUGUGGAGUGAAUUUCUGGAGGUUAUAGUGUCGGCGAUCUAAUCAACGCUUAUUGAUACAGUUUAUUAAUAAUAUAUCGCGAUAGACGUUAAUUAAAGAGCGUUCCUCCGCGAAAUGGGGCGUGUUCAACGUAAAGGGCCACUGGACACCAAGAGCAAAAACAAGAAGGCAAAGUCGAUACAGAAAACGCGCAAGCAGUUGCGCAAGGAGAAGAGGCAACAAAAGAAGAUAAGUCGAGCAGAGUAUUAUCAAAGGAGGUCGAGAAAUGAUUCGGAGAAAACUAUGGGAAAAUCGAGGACCGAGGCUAACGAGUCGCUGAAGAUAAAAGAAAGCGAUGACGUCGAGCAGGCGCCUGUGACGAAGGUGCAAAAACGACCGAGGCCCGAAGGUAGAAAAGAAGAGAGAAUGCAGAAGAGCGCGAAGAAGCAAAGGAUGGUGCAACUGAAGCAGGCCAAUCUGGAGGAGGACAAGACGAUCAAACAGUUGGAAAAGCGAUUAAAAUUGAACAAGCGAAAGACCAAGUCGAUCCCGAAGUCUUUCGUAUCAGAUGGAUUAGAUUAUCUCUUGGACUUCUGCGAUUCAGAGAAUAGAAAUCACAUUGUUGAAACUGAGAAGCAAUUGCUGGAUACUGGACGGAGCGAAGAAUUCGAAGAGGACUUGAACAUGGCUAUUGGUGAGGACAGUACUGAGGCUGGGGAUGAAAACCGAGAUGAGGAAGGCAGCAUAGACGAUAAGGAAUAUUCUGAGCAAGAUUCAGAAAAUGAAAGUCUCUUGUCUGAUCAAAGUUUGACUCAAGACGAUAGCGACGAAAUUUCUUCCGAAGAGACAAAUGCAGCGAAUCUAAGAGACAAAUCUAAGAAGUGUGAAGCUGAUGAAGACGAGGCGAUAAAUGAAGAAUUGGAUGACAGUAACGCGCCAGAACAAUCAGACGACGAAAGCUUAUGGGAAGACAUUUAUGGGAGGCAAAGGGACAAAGAGGGUAACAUUGUAUCAAAGAAAUACGUGCCACCUGCCAGGCGCAUUACAAAUAAUGAUAAUCCAUCCGACGGUGAGAAAGUCCGUAGAUUGGAAAGACAGGUGAAAGGUGUUUUAAACAGAUUGGCGGAGCAAAAUAUGCACACCAUUGCAAAUCAAGUAGAAGAAAUGUAUAUGUCGAACAGUCGUAACGAUAUGAAUGUAAUGUUAUCCAAACUAAUGAUGGAAAAUAUAAUCACGCCAGUGUUGACUCCAGAUCGACUUGUCUGUGAACAUAUGAUGUUAAUCGCCAUAUUGCACGCAAAUGUCGGCACGGAAGUUGGCGCGCACUUUUUACUGACUAUCGUAAAAAAGCUUCACCACAUGUUGGAGGAAUCUCAUUGUGUUGAGAACAAGGAAUUGGAUAAUAUAAUUCUUAUGAUUUCACAUCUCUAUAAUUUCAAGGUGUAUGGCCAUCGUCUCUUGUAUCAAAUAUUAGAGAAACUAGCAGCGAAGUUUACCGAGAAGGAAAUUGAGCUGAUUUUAUUGACUUUAAGGACAGUAGGCUUUCAAUUAAGAAAAGACGAUCCUAUUGCUCUGAAAGGACUGAUAAUAAAUUUACAACAGAAAGCAAAUAAUGCCACCCUCGACAACUCGAGAGUUAAAUUUAUGUUGGAUGUAUUACUGGCAAUAAAAAAUAAUAAUAUGAGCAAAAUACCACAGUACGAUUCAACUCUGAUAGAACACUUGAAGAAAAUUCUGAGGAAUUUUAUUCAUAAGGGCAGUGGUGUUACACAAUUCAAUGUAACUUUAGAAGACUUGUUAGAAGCUGAUGAAAGAGGAAAAUGGUGGAUAGUAGGAUCCGCCUGGUCCGGUCUCAAGGAUAUUGGUAAAUUAGAAAAGAAUUCAGGAGACAAAGGACAAAAAUACAGCGAGGAUAUACUGGAGUUGGCACGAAAGCAGAGAAUGAAUACUGAUGUCAGAAGAGAUAUCUUUUGCGUACUUAUGACAGCUGAAGAUUAUUUAGACGCAUUCGAAAAAGUUCAUCACCUUGGCUUGAAAAAUCAACAACAGAGGGAAGUAAUUUACGUUAUCCUCAAUUGUUGCAUUCAAGAGAAAAAGUUCAAUCCUUAUUAUGCCGUAUUGGCGCAAAGGCUAUGUGAUUCUGACAGAAAAUAUCAGUUAACUAUACAAUAUGCAUUGUGGGAUAAGUUGAAAACAUUGGAUGAUUUGAGUACAAAACAGCUAACGAAUUUAGCAAAAUUUUUGACUUUUCUCUUCUUAGGCAAAGCUCUUCCUCUUUCCAUUUUAAAGGUGAUCGAGUUUACAGAAUUAGACAAGUUAACAAUGAGGCUUGUACGACAAGUCAUGCUAGGAAUAUUAUUACACGAAAAUGAGGAAGCCUGUUUGGAAGUAUUUGCAAGAAUAUCUUUAUCUCCAAAGUUGCAAACUUUCAGGGACAGUCUUAGAUUAUUCAUAAAUCAUUUUCUUGUAAAAAAUAUGUGUGCUUCUGAAAAUUUACAGGAACGUAGCGAACUGUUGACGAAACGCGCGGGGUGUGUAGAUAAACUUUUAAGUACACGAGAAUCAAAACUUAUAUUUUAAUUAAUAUUUUUGUAAUAAGUAAUACUUAUGUAGAACGUGUAUAUAAAUAUGAAAAAUAUACUUAUAUCCUUUCUAUAUGUAUACUAUUAUAUUUAAGGCAGUCAUGCCCUGUUAUCUCUCGAGCAAUGGUCUCGUGUAUCAAACUCUGACACUAAAUUUCCAUGGUCGGAACAUAGCGAUGUUUAAACAUUAAAAUUACCAGAUACGGUCAACAAAACUUAAUGUUAUACUAUUUAAUAUGGGAUACAAAAUGUUCGGUAACUGGGUCGCGCUAUUAAAAACUAAUACUAUACAUUUGAUUUUUUUAUACAAUUAUGUUAUAUUAUGAAACCUAAAAACUGUUAUUUUAUAGACAUGGCACAGAAUAGUAUCGUAAAAUCACUUACACAGUACAUAACAGAACUGAAAACUACGGAAAUAGCAUGUUACCGUCAGAAAUUACAUAGCUAUGUAUGGCUACCGUAGUUCAAGGUGCACGUUUUGUCCUUUUAGAGGCGCUAGUAGAUGGAUUCUAUCAGAGAGAAACCUGAGAUGUGUUAGGCAACAUACAUAUAUUAUUAACAUAACUUUUAACAACAUUGCUGUCGCGUCUAUUAAAUAUAUAAUUGUAUGAUAAUUUAUAAAAAAAAAUAACGAAAUUGUAUCUAGUUGCAUGUAUGAAUGUUGUAUACGGAUGUAAUCUAGAUUACACGUAUACAAUAGAUUACACGUUGUACAUAUUGAAAUUGAAUGUAAAGAUACAGAUGAAGACAAAAUGGAAAACUCGGAUUCGUUAAAUAAUUGUAAUAAAUGAGGGAAAAUUCUUGCGAGAAGAUAAUGCGUAAUGAAAACGUAAAUAUUCC